UGCCACUGCCGUAACGAUUUCUGCCGGUCUGCGCCGCGCCGGGGGCAGGGCGGCGCGGCGCGGCGCCGCGCCGCUGCUGGCCCCAGGCGGCGCGCCGGUGCUCGCCGCCGGCCGGCCACCGGCCGCACGCCGCCUCACACCCGACAGAGAAGCACUCGAGGCAGGGCACUGCGCGCGGCGGCUCGCUUCGACAGAUUACCACCCCACGGACAGGAGCUAUGAAGUACCCCGUGCUACUGCUCGUGACCUUGUGCUUCGGCCUUGCGGCGGCCAAGUGCAAGUACCGCCGGAGUGGCGACUGGACUGCCUGCUCGGCUGAGGGUCUCAAGACCAGGACCGAUGUCCUGAAGGAGCAGAAGUCCGACCCCACCUGCCACCCGACCCGCAACAUCAGCAAGGCUUGCCGCGAGGACUGCCAGUACGAGCGUCGCCGUCUGGCCACCUGGGGUGAAUGUGACCAGAUGAGCAGCACUGUCACCGGUACCCGUAACCUGGUCUCGGGCACCGGCUGCCCGGCCACCGUCACUGAGGUGUUCGACUGCCGCGUGCAGCGCCGCUUCGACCGCAAGUCGGGCCGCCGCGCCGCCAGGAAGGGUCAGAAGAAGGCGCAGAGGAAGGCCCAGCGUCGUCAGAACAAGCAGGACAAGCAGCAGCGACGACUGGCUCGCAAGCAGAGGCGACAGCAGCGACAGCAGAAUCGUCAGGCGGCCCAGGCCCAGAACUAAGAGUUAGAGUAACAGGGGCUAGAGGGCAGCACCUAGCCUGUGCGCCUGUUCUAAACACAAGUCUGGGAAUUUCAGGACUCCACAAGCGUAAAUUCAACGGGUUGAUUCAGUCAAACGGGUUAUAUUUUUAGAAUGUUUCUGUGAGAGCAGACUACAAUAUUUCGUACGUCGAUGGCAUUAUUAUGUUAACUGCUAAACGGCCGCCUGUGAAGCCACUUGUAUCUGUGAAGCUCCAUCAAGUGAAGAGGAGCCCACUUAAAACGGUGCGGAUAGGGUAGUUUCGUUUCACCAUCUGAAUGAAUGUUGCAUUAAUGCGUGGGUAAAUUGAUAAGAAAACCAGCGUCGAUUCUAGGCACUAGUCGAUGUCUGUCUUCGAAUCAGGUUACUUAGUGUGAUGCGUUAGUGUCACUACCUAACAGAGGCUUCUGCGCCGUGUGGGCACUGACUUCUGGCAGCGUCAGCAGUCAGUUUCCAGGGACGUGUCUGAUGUUUAGAUAUCGACUACCACACGUCGCUUCCAUUGCCCUGCUCUCGUGUCAGCGGUCGCGUCCCCAUUCCCUCGACUGGGUGCUGUCAGUGCCGGCCCCGACCGCCCCGCGCCCGCCAGCUGCGCUCAGUGUGAUGCAUUCCGUUUGUGUCAUUCCGUGUUUGUGUCAAUGGUGGCUGUCAGCUUUCUCAUUCGUUCUUACGGCCGUUGAAUGUUCGAAGCUGUCAUUCUAGCAAAGGCUUUCAGUAGAUCAGUCAGAAGCUUUAGAGUGGCGAUUGUUCCGCUUCGGCCGGCAGUUACAAAUGAUAAAUCGUUAAAUUGUGUUGUCAGGCUUAAGCGCGUUUGUGUCUUUUCAAUUUCUAUCAACAGUAUCUGGUAGAUGCUUGUAGUUAUCAGAAGAGUGUUGCUUUCAGAUGCCUGCCAGAUUUAGGGGGCGUGUGUAAACGACGCGAGAUAAAACAGUGUUCCACAUUCCUCCUCUCUCAGUGCGCACCCUUCGUCUCCAUCCCAACUGAAGUGGAUAGUGUGUUUUGACGUUUGAUGUAAAAUUCACUCUGGUUUCUAGUGGUGGUCGCCCACUGCCUUCCACAUGGUUAUUUUCGUCCGGAAUAAAUACAACUUUGUCUCGUCA